AUGACGGUGUGCGGUGACGUGGGAGGCGGCAAGGAUCGACCGUCCUGGCUUCGCGUCGUCGAUCGAGCGAGCAUUGUCGUGGCGGUUGCGGCGCAGGUCGCGAUGGCCAUGACUUACUUGCUAAUCCUGCGCGAUUACGCCACGAACGACUACUUUUGGACCCAUUUCAACGUGACGGGCACGCAGUCGUUUGUGUUGGACGUGUACAACUCCCAGCACUGGCUGCCGUCCGAGUCCGCGCCCUUGGGCCUGUUCACCAUGGACAUGGGGUCGCUGAAAGGAUUGUCGAAGUUUGCCGCGAUCUAG